ACUUACAUAUACUACUACAUGUUUCCACAAAUUGCAUGUAAAAUACAUAUAUAUUAACACUCGUGAUGGAUUAGGAUUGUCUGGGUUUCAGUUAGUAAAUAGAAUCGUUUGUUUUAGCUUAGGCGAGCCAGGGGCAAACAUUGGGUCCUUUCACUAAGCAGUAGUUGUCUCGCUAUUUUUUUAAAUCAACAUACUUGGAGAGCAGAGCUAAUUAUCUUAAACGUUAAGUUAGCUGACUUAAGAUUCGGAAACCGUUAACGUUACACUAGUUGGUAACGCGUUCAGGAACGAUUAUAACUCACAACGGUUAUGAUUCAGCAAGAACAACAUGAUUUGAAAUCGACAUGUUCACUAGCUACCUAGCCAACUAGCUGUUUCACUGGAAACCUACAUUUGUUUAUAUAGCUACCGUAGAUGUUCUAGCCAGUUAGCUAAAAUUACUAACUGUAUCCUUGAAGCACUUGAUUUCUAGUGAGUUCAUAUAAAUGUUAUCGUCCUGGCAGUCUAGCUAACCGUAGCACACGAGGAAUGUUGUGAAAUGUAUCUGUAGCUUGCUAGUAAGGUAGCUAGCAUCUCCGAUUUGCAGUCUGUUUCGUUCCAAUGGCACAACAGUCAGCUGGCUAACUAAGGCUUGUUAGGUAUUAUAUUUCCUACCAAAUCGUCCACAUUAAUUCUAGUAUACUCGCUUGCUAGCAGAGUAGUCGGCUGGCCUGAUCAUGACCACACAGAAUGUGAGCUUUAGUAAAGACAGGCUUGUUUUUGCACACGUUUCUUGGGAUUGCAAAUCAGCUGAACGCAACCUUUGUGGCAUCCUACAUCCAGUGACUGCCAGCAGUUUAGCCAGCCUUACCCAGGUCUACACAGAGAACUCAGGCGAGAUUGACCUGGUGUACUUGGAGCAGGAUGCAGACACAUCGCCAUGCGUGCUCAGACUGCAGUGCGCCCCGCACUCUUCGGUCCUCAUCUCCAGCCUGUUGAUCGUCACUGAGGCUCGGACCAUGGAGGUGUACUCUGGAGCAGGGGACUACUGUGGCACCUGCCGUGGGGAGCGACAUCACACCCUUCCAAAUGAAGGUGCUGCUGAAGACAUCUCACUUUUCAAGAAGUACUUAAAAUUAGAGAGUCCACUGGCAUCUUGUGAUGUGAAGCUGCUGUCCCUGGGUGGGCGGGACCGAGUGGGGAUCGCCGGGAUCGUGCUGGGCCUGCAGGAUGAUGGGAGGGAUGGCGGCUCCCCGACCGCGGGCCAGGGCAUCGACCUGCGCCGCGUGCAGACCAUGGUGGAGUCCAUGGGCACCGGCCUGUCGCCCGGAGCGCAGAACCUCAUGGAGAUGGUGCAGUUUCAGCAGAAGAAUAAGGCCGAUGCCCUGAGUGGGUUUUUGCCGCUGCUCCUGGGUAGCGGGUCGUUGGCCGCAAUGGCGAAAGGCAGCGCAGAGUCCAGAACGGCGGCGGAGGACUCUCGAGCGCACGCGGACGCUCCGUCACCGGAGAGCGCGGUCGCUGGAGCGGAGGACCCGCCCGAACCGCCUGGCACCACGGCCCCCGACCGCGACGACCGCAAGCUGAUGGACGCGGUGUCGUCCUUGCUGAAUGGUCGUCCCGGGCGAAGGCCGGUCGGCUUCGGUCCCGACCUGCUCCCAGUGCUGCAGGGGGUCUGCGGUCAGGUGACCCAGCUCCGAAUCGAGGACAGCUCAUCAGCGACUGCAGCGUCUGCAGCGACAGGGGAGGAGCGCUCCUGCUGCCGCUCCCUGGAGCAGCGGGUGGAGAGGCGCAUGGAGGAGAUGGAGGAGCGGCUGAAGCGGCACAUCGACCGGCGGCUGGAGGCCCUGGAGCAGAGGCUGGAGCGCGCCCUCCUGGCGGCGCUGCCCCUGGCGCACGCCCCCCCGGGCGUCAAGGGCGCCCUCGCGCCCGACUGGAACGGCGCCCACGGCCUCCUGAACGGAGACGCCUGACCCGGGUCCCGCCGCGCCUAGGCGCUAACGAUAACCGCCCCCUCGCCUCCACGGCGCUAACGAUGCCCGCCCCUUCGCCCCUCGGGGGUUACGCCCAUCCUGCCCCGCCCCUCGGAGGUAACGCCCGUCCUGCCCCGCCCCUUCGCCCCUCGUAGGUAACGCCGUCCUGCCUGCCCCCUUGCCCCUCGGAGGUAACGUCCGUCCUGCCCACCCCUUCGCCCCUCAGAAGUAACGGCUGCCCUGGCACCGUGGGUGGGGCGCACCUGCGCUAUCACCUACGGACACCCGUCGACCUGAAGGGGUUCCAACUGUAUCAACAAAGUCGACCUGAAGCAGUGCAGAAGUUGGCCGACGAUCACUGCUGCUGUCGAGAAGCGCGGUUGUGCUAACUCCGUCAGCCCGUAAUAAUUUACAUUCAGCCUAUGCAAAUCACAACAUCCCCGUCUGCGUUUUUCUGUGUUUUAGAAUGCGUUUCUGCACUGACGUACCUGAUCUUUAAGCUGCUGGCAUCAAGUGUAAAUUUACUUACGACUGUCUCACUAUCCAUGUUUCUCUUUGCGUUGAUGUUUUUUUUAUUAACAGUUCUGUCAGUUACGUAAUUGUUUUCAUUGUAUUUUUUUUCAUUGUUGUAUUAUUAAUACAAAUAUAUGUCCUCAAAUGGUUUGUGGAAUUAUUCUGUUUAUUUUAUUAGAUCGAACUUGGUUUUAUAUGAAAAUGUAUUGACAAUGACAUGUAUUUUUUGAAUGGUUGGAACUUGGAAUGGUUUGAUCACCUUCGUAGCUGGUAGAAGGCAGUAGUUUAAGGGGAAGCUUCAGUUUUCCUGAAACCACCUAAAAGUCAUUCAUUCAAUUUUACGUUUUGCAGAAGUGUAAAGACCUUUAUAUUACUAAAGUAGACUCAGUGUUUCAGCCAAAGGGACCUUUUCAAGCUAUGAUGAGAGUUGUGUAUUGGAGGUUAAUGUUGAAAUAUUUAUUGGAGUUACUAUUUUGCAUACCCUUGGGUUUGAGGAUAGUCAUCCCUGUACUAUAACAAAUAACUCACAAUGGAGUGUGAUGACAUCCUUUAAAAUGUGAUUUUUACAUUGAAAAGUGGAAAGAUGGGCAUCAUCCUUGAAAGUCAAUGUACCUUUAUUCACACUAAAUAAAUUAUAGGAGUUAUUUCAUAUUA